CGCUCCACGUGGAACACAAACGAUGCUGAGAAGCACUUGCCGUGAGUAACCAGCAGCCUUCCCCGGCAUACAAUGCACCUGCCGCCGUCUCCACCGCACUAGUAGCCACGCUAGCAGCAGCGCCUCCGAUCGCCACGCUAAAUCACGUCCUAGCAGAGAUCUCGCGCACCACAGCGCCGCUCGGCAAGGGAAACACGUUUCGCUUUUCACACCUUUACCAGUGGCCACCCUACCGGGGCGCUGAUGUGCGUUUCCUCGUGUGCCUUCCAUCUGCCGCGCCUCCACAGUUCCGUAUAGAUGUUUUGGUUUUCCGCUAGCCAGAAAGAAGAAGAAGCGGAAUCGCCCCUCUGGUGGACCAGCAGCCUGUUGACGGGCCCGUUGGUCGAAGCCUACGAGCAGCUUGAUACGUGGUGCCUCGGCUGCGACCACUUCGAGAGGAGCGUCGCCCAGGCGCUGCUCGUCGUGUUCGCUAUCAACGUCGUGCUCAUCCUGUGUGUGUGGCGCCGGUGCGGCGACCAGAUCGCCGACCAGUUUCUGAACCUCGCCACCUCAAGCAGCCAGCUUGAGGAGUUCCAGAAGGAGGCUAGCUCGCUGGAGCUGCCGGAAGAGCACUCUCCUCGCAUCUGAGUGCCUCCACAUGGCAGCUAUUCGGGACUUCUUCAAGAAGCGAAAGGCCGAAAUCAAGUUCAAGCAGGCUGGCCCCGGCAGGCGACUGAAUGCUGACGAUACACCGCGAAUGCAUGGCCCCGCACCAGGACAGAGCCAGCCACGAAGACCUCCGUCAGAAGGCGCACAGCGAGCGGCCGCAGCCGCCCUCGCACGCCUGGAGCAGAAACAGGUCAAGACUCAUCCUAACUGGUCUGUAGCUGCCAUAAAAUCACAGGCCAAGAAGGAGCUCGAACAGCAGCUGGCUUCGGAAGAGGUGGCAAGCAUGCAAAAGCACACUCCGGCUGAGCUCGAGCAUGGACCGCAGGCCGGCAAAAAUGCCGUGGUGUUCGGCCAUCCGUUGCUGGGACCGGAACUGAGGCUGCCAUACGAGGAGCUACAAUCACGCAUCCGCCAGUUCCUCUACGAGCAGAUGGCCGAAGAGCCAGGCCUCACCUCCUGUCUCCUCAUCCACACUUGCAACUCGCCACAGGCAAAGGUUGAUGCGGGUGUGGAGACUCUGUGCAAGUAUCUCAACAACAUAGCCAAUCAUCCGUUGGAGGAGAAGUAUCGUCGCCUCCGCCUCAACAAUCGGAUCUUCCAGGAGCGGGUACUGCCUCUUGAGGGGGCUCUGGAGUUCCUUCAGGCAGCUGGGUUUGAACGGCGACACGAGGCGGAGCCGUCCUUCGAGGAAUGGCUCGAGUUUCCUGUGGACAGAGACCUCGAGCAGCUGCGCCUCUUGGCUGACGCUCUGUGCUGUGCGAAGCCCGUGCGGCCUGUCCUGGAUCGUUCGCUGCGUGUGCUGCUUCCCCAUGAAGCGGCUCAGCAGUUGGUGCUCCCUGACUCCUUCUUCAAUCUCAGCCCCGACGAGCUGCUGCGUGAACAGGAGGCCCGACGUCGUGAAGUGGAAGUGCAGAUGACGCUGCGGACCAAGGCCAUGCGUGAGCGUGACGAGAGGCGAGAGCACUUGAUGUACCGCUACACGCUUAUUCGAAUCCGGCUGCCUUCAGAUCUUUUGUUACAGGGGACAUUUUCUGUGCACGAGCCGCUUGCUGCUGUGCGAGAGUUCCUGCUAGACAACGUGGAAAAAACAAAGAGUGAGUGUACACUCGUGUCGCCGUCCGGCCACACCUUGGACGACCCAAAGGCCACCCUACUCGAGCUGAAGCUUGUGCCAGCCGUGGUGUUGACAGCAUCGUGGGGCCAGGCCAAACCACCCGAUCUCCUGCCAGACUUGAAGGCAUUGGUGCAGCCACUGUAGCCGUCCUGACAAGCGAAAAUUGUAUUGCUAUGUUGUAUUAUAAGGAUAACAAAAUUCUGCACUUUAGAAAA